CGGGGCCUCCCUGUCCUCCGGGAGCCGGCCGGCUUGCAGGGGAGAGCCGGGAGGGAGCCGGAUGGCUGCGCCCGCCCCCCUGCCCGCCUUCCCCCGCCGUGGGCGAGCGGGCAGCGCCAGCAGCCCCGGGGCCCUGGCGGCCCGGCGGGAGCGCCGGGGCUGGGUGGCGGGGGCGUGCAUUUAAAGGCAGCCACGGAGCCAAUGCGCAGGAAGGGGCCGAGCAUGUGGGGAGGUUGUUUACACCAGCCCGGCCCCGGGAGCUUUAACGCGGCCGGCGGCGAGGGACGGAGCGGGACUCCCCGGGACGCUCGUGUCCGAGAUGGCGAGUGUGCUGUCCAGGCGCCUGGGGAAGCGCUCCCUGCUUGGCACCCGCGUUUCUGCCCCUGGCGCCUUGGCCGAGGGGGUGCUGGUGGCCACCCAGAUCCCCGGCCUGCAGACUGACCUCAGCCGGGUGUCUGCCCACACGAUGCCGCGAGAGGAUGGACCCUGCGUGCCAUCGGUGGAGGAGGGCAGCCAGGCACCCAGGAUCCCCAGCCCCAACCACCAGCAGCUCUGUGCUGGGCAGCAGGUCCUCGUCACUUACAACGGGCAGGAGUGCGCCGGCCUCGUGGAUCAGCACAACCCGCUGAGUGACAAGGUGAAGGUGCUGCUGCCAGAGCAGGGCUUGCAGACCUGCUGGAGGGUGCAGGACGUGCGGCUGGCCGCGCUCCAGCCCCCGGCCCUGCCCACGGCUGGUGGUCCUGGUCCUGCCGAGGCACUGCAGAGAUCUGUCUCCAGCAAUAUUGAUGUACCCAAGAGGAAAGCUGAUGCCACAGUGGAGAUGGAUGAGAUGGUGGCAGCCAUGGUGCUGACGAGCCUCUCCUGCAGCCCGGUGGUGCAGAGCCCUCCCGCUGGCGAGAGCGGCAUCCCCUCCUCACGGGCAACCUGCGAUCCCUGGAAGGAGAGCGGUGACAUCUCGGACAGUGGCAGCAGCACCACCAGUGGGCACUGGAGUGGGGGCAGUGACAUCUCCACCCCUUCGCCCCCCCACCCCGCUGGUAGCCCCAAGUACUCCAGCGAGGCCCUGAGCUCCCCUCAGGCAGAUGAUGGCUUCGAGACCGACUCCGACCCCUUUCUCCUUGACGAACCCGCUCCACGCAAGAGAAAGAACUCAGUGAAGGUGAUGUACAAGUGCCUGUGGCCGAGCUGCGGCAAGGUUCUGCGCUCCAUCGUUGGCAUCAAGCGGCACGUCAAGACCCAGCACCUCGGGGAUGGUGCAGACUCCGACCAGCGGAAGCGGGAGGAGGAUUUCUACUACACUGAAGUGCAGGUGAAGGAAGAGCCGGUGCCGGAGGCUGCUGCCACCAGCCCCACAUCUGCAUCCGCCCCCAUCAUCAUCCAGCAAUCCCUGGCCAAGCCGGAGGCGCUCCUGGUGGAGCAACCAGCGCUAGAGCCCGCCCUGGCCAGCAGUGCCCUGAGCCAGUCUGCCCCCAGCUCCUUCUGGCACAUCCAGGCUGAUCACGCCUACCAGGCAUUGCCCUCGAUCCAAAUUCCAGUGUCCCCCCACAUCUUCACCAGCAUCAGCUGGGCCACUGCCACCUCGACUCUCCCAUCCCUUUCACCGGUGCGGAGCCGGUCACUCAGCUUCAGUGAACCCCAGCCACCGACACCCAUGCUCAAGUCCCACCUGAUCGUCGCCUCACCCCCCAGGGUGUCCAUCGGCACCAGGAAAGUCCGCGGUGAAGCCAAAAAGUGCCGUAAGGUUUAUGGCAUCGAGCACCGGGACCAGUGGUGCACGGCCUGCCGGUGGAAAAAAGCCUGCCAGCGCUUCCUGGACUGAGCGCGGCACCGCGGUGCCGCGUCCCUCCCCUGCUCCUGCCCGGGGAGCACCGGAGUCCCUCACUGCUGCAACCAGGGACCUUGGAGGUACCUCCUGUUGACCCCAGAAGACACCUCCAGAGCUGCCUGUAAAUUCCUUCUUCUGUAUAUUGUACAUCUGCUGGGUUUGCUCUUUUUUUUAAAAAAAAAAAAAAAACACAACUUUUUCCAACUUUUUUCUUUUUAAACCUGAAGAACAUCUCCUUUUGUACAGUAAAAGCCAGGGCUGGGAGGGAAGGAAGCCACGUCCUUGAGGUUUGGGGGAGAUUGUAGGUGAUCUGGGGACCAAAGAGCUUCCUGCAUUUCCCAGAUCAGCCCUAAAAUCUCCCAGACUGUCGCAGCAUGCCUGGGCUGAGACGUUGAGGUGGCUUCUCGUGUCCUUUGACUACCUAGAAAGUGCAAAUCCCUCAUAUCCUGUAAGGAGAGGGGUGGUAACAAUUAUAGCUUUAAAAAAGAAAAUGCUGUCGGGUUGCUGCAAGCAAGGCAGGAGCUUCUUCUCUGGCAGGACUCGGGGGUUUCCUCUCCCUGCAUGGAUGUGGUCUUUGCUGUGUCACACCAUGCCGGUAGCUCGAGCCUGUGCAGGCUUCCGCUUGGUUCUGGCACAUCAUUUUUUGGAGGCAUUUGAGAGGAAGAAAAACACCAAAAACAUUUCAGUCAGGAAAACUAUGAGAAUUUUUAAGGCAGAACCUGAUGUUCCUUCUCAUUUUAGGCUUUGUAAGUCUGCUUAGCUCUGUGAAAACCUACCGUGUGGCCCUCACCAUGUCCUUCAAAACUAGGCUGAGGAAUUUUAUUUUAGUAUUUAAUGAUUCUGCCAGUAAAGGCAGCUGGGGGGACUGGGAAAGGCUUUCCCUUAGCACCACCAUCUGGCCCUAAUUCGGCAAAACACUUCAGAAUGUAUUUUUUUUUUAAAUCCCAUCGAGCCUGGUGGGAAUUAGUUUUCUGACUUUCAUCCUUUAAAAUAUAUAUUUAUCCAACUCCAGUUGCUGCUGCUUUCCUGUCAUGUUUGUCCCAUCUACACCAGCAUUGCUAGCGGGGCCUUGCACUUGGUAUCGGACCACGGAGCCAGAUUGUCCUGUUGCUUUUCUCCCCUUGCUGGGGCUGGCAGACAUUUCCUUGUUUUGUUUUUUUUUCCUCUGCAUUUUUGAUAAUCAUGGGCCACGACCCACAUCUGUCUUUUUAAGGACCCUGUGCUGAGGUUCAGCUUCCCAUAUAAAAGUGAAUUAAGUGACUGGGAAAAUCUGAUACUGCUCCUGGAUCGCUGAGACCCCCAUUGAUGAAGGGAUCACGUAGGCAGGCAGAGUGAGUUGAGAUACAUAGAGAUGUUAUCCUGGUGAUUGUCGAGGUGUUUGGGUGUUUUUUUGUUGUUUGUUUGUAAUUUUGUACAUAUAAACAGUAUCGUCCCACAA